AUGGGAGGCUUCCAUGAGUUGCUACCGAAGGUGAAGCUGCUGACCCUCGCCGUGUACUUCAACGGCGUCCCAGCGCUCUGCGCCAGCUUCGCCGUGGGCGUGCUGGUCUUGACGCUGCAGGUGACUGGCGUGCUGGUGCAGCGGAAGAAGCCGGAGCGGUUCCUGGCGGCUGGGGUGGAGUACGAGGAGGCCCACGGCGUUUGGUGUUUCCCCGCCGGCAUUUGCACCUUCUUCUUCGUCCUCCUCUACUGGCAGGUCUGCCGUGAGUGUGUCCUGCAGCCCUUGUACGUCUUCGUCGACAAGAUGUGCAUCAACCAGCGGGAUCCCGUUCAGAAGGAGCGGGGCGUGCACUCGCUCGGCGGCUUCCUCCAUAAGUCGGAUCGGAUGAUCAUGCUGUGCACGCCCAGGUAUUUCUCGCGGAUGUGGUGUGCCUUCGAGGUAGCCGCGUGGCUGCGGCUCAAGGACGUCAGCUCGAUCGUCUUCCUGCCGCCAAGCGACGCGGUGUUCACGGGCGUCUUCUUCUCCAUCGUGUUGCUCAGCCACUGCGGCGUCUACGUUGGCACGCACUUCCCCAGCGUGCCGAUCAGCGACUGCGCGAAGGUCGCCGCCCUCUUAGCCCCGCUCCCCCUCGCCAUGUCGGCGAGGCCAGUGAUGCGGGACCUCCUGUCGAUGCCGGAGCUGUUGCGCGCACACGACGUGGCCCAGACCAAGUGCUUCUGCUGCGAGCAGAAGCACGCGGACCCAGUGACGGGGUCUGCGCUCCUGUGCGACCGCGAGAUGGUCUACGCCGCGAUCGACAGCUGGUACGGGAGCGGCACGCCGCGUUCAUCGCUCGAGAUGUUGGCAGAUAAAAGCCAGUCGUGCACCGCAGCGGAAAGCCGUGACGGCAAGACGCGCUUCAACGAGGAGGUCCAGACCAAGCUCUCGGAGGCGCUUCAGGUCAUGGUGGCCCGGCCAGUGAGCUACACCUCAUGCCUCAUCUCCGCCUCUCCUUCGAUGUGGUAUUUCCUCGACUACGUUACCGCCAUUGUCUUGGACGGCCCGUUCGACGCUUUCUUGACUCUCAAGCGCGCCGUUCGAACCCUCACCAUCAGUUUUCUCCUCUGGCCGCUCAUGCGCGCCAACAUAGUGGCGAUGGCGAAGUGCUUCCGGCAUCGCGGCGCGAACCGUUGCCAGGAGCUCGGGCGCUCAUUCGCGGUCUUCGGGAUUGGCUACCUUCCGAUCUACGUCUCCUACUGGGUGCUAGUCGGAGUCGCCAUGCCUUCCGAGAGCAUAGCCAUCGAGGUUGUGCUCGUCGUCUUGUUGGUCGUCUGGCUCGCCUCCUUGCUGUACCCCGGGCGACUUCGAGCGACUGCUUCACCGAAGGCCGAACUUGACGGGACGACAUGA